AGGAAGGACCCGGAUGCCGGGAUCAUGGAGUUCCCCUUCGACGUGGACGUGUUAUUUGGGGAGCGGAUCACGACUGUGGAUCAGCACUUGCGGCCAUCCGGGCGAAGGGGGGCCGGAUUCGCCACGACCCACAGAGUCGAUCUGCAGCAGCAGCUCAUGAUGAUCAUCGAUGAGAUGGGCAAGGCCUCUGCCAAGGCCCAGAAUCUGCCAACACCAAUUACCAGCACCUCACGGAUGCAAACCAACCGCCACGUUCUCUAUAUCCUGAAGGACAAUGAAGUAAAAACAAACGGGAAGGGGGUUGUGAUUGGCUUCCUCAAGGUCGGAUACAAAAAACUCUUUGUACUGGACCGCCGUGGCGCUCACAAUGAAGUAGAACCCCUGUGCGUCCUGGACUUCUACAUCCAUGAAUCCCUCCAAAGGCACGGCUACGGCAAGGAGCUUUUCCACUAUAUGUUGCAGCGAGAGCGAGUGGAGCCCCACCAGUUGGCCGUGGACCGCCCCUCGGAGAAACUUCUGUGCUUCCUCCGAAAACACUACAACCUCUGUGACACCAUCCCUCAGGUGAACAACUUUGUGAUUUUCCAGGACUUUUUCAGCCACCGGCAUGCUCCAGCAAGGAAGUUGCCUCCCAAGCGUCCAGAGGAAGACAUAAAACCUUAUUCCCUGUCAGAUCGAGAGUUUCUCAAGGAAGAAGUUGAACCACCAUGGCCGUUUAACCAGUCCCGCUCGCUGACCCGUUCUAGCAGCCUGGGGAAUUCCCCGGUACGGGGCUGCCUCAAGCCUUUCCUCAACGAGCAGGAGCUGUUGAAGAACUUGCGCCUCUGUCCCCCGCACUCGACCGCCCACCUCCUGAUGAACGGCGAGCCCGGUGACCCCGCUUCACAGAGGCGGAGAACGAGCUCCCUGAACCGCUCUGAAAACAGCCAUUGAUCGCCGGUUUCUGCUGUGUCUCCCCAACUGCUGGUUCUCCA